CCCUGUCCAGAAUCUCAUGUGAUCUCUCUCUCUCUCUCUCUCUCUCUCUCUCUCUCUGCAGCAGCCAGCAGCCUUUGGGAGAGGGAAAGUUGCCUUGUUGCCCUUCGAAUCAGGAGCUCUCUGUUUCUUCUAUAUCUCUAAGCUGUCAGAGAAAGACACGAUAUUUUUAGAAAAUCUGAAUAGACGAAACAAAAGAUUGGUCCUUUUUCUCUCUCCUUCCCGAUAACUCUUCAAAUCCGUUUCGCCAUUUCAGCUGCUUGGAAAUUCAAGAUUUUUACUGGGUUUUGUGUUGUUUUGAUUCAAUGGUCCUGAACUGAGCAGGACCCACCAAAGGAAAUGCCCCAAAACGCGAAAGACGAUAUCCAUUCAAAGGGGAAAAUUUUCAGCCGUUCCGGAAUCUGGGUUCGUUUAUCCUCCAUAGACACAAGCCCGGGUUUCUGGUGUUUCUCUUCGUGCUCUGUUCUUUCCUUUUUCCCGCGGGAGCUUGGUCUUGCAUGUUUAAGAAACGUGGAGCUCUUUCAAAGCCGCCCCGGAACUUGAUUUUUGCAUAUUUAAGAAACGUGGAACCGACUCUUUGUUUUUCCCAAAUUUCUUCUUUGGCUGUUUAUGGAAACCGGGAUUCUGUGGGUAUCGAUUUCUUGCUCAAUCGGGAUUCUCUCAGUUAGGUGGUGGAGAACGUGAGAUCUAUAGCGUAGUAGCCGCGUUAAAUUAUGAUGGGUUUGAAGUGAGAAACCCUAAUCUCAAGGAAAUUGAGGGAAAAUCAGGUUUUUUAUUUUGCUGUGAAGUGAAGAUCUGGGUAGAGAUUUUGGGGUUCUGGGUUUAUAGCAAAAGGGUUGCGUCAGAAUCAAAAGUUAGGGUUUCUGUAGAAAUGGCAGCAAGAGUAGAAGUAUCAGUGGGGUGUGAGAUUGAUGAAGGGAGUGAUGAGAAUAGAGGAAGCAUGUGGGAGCUGGAGCAGAAGCUUGAUCAGCCUAUGGAUGAAGAAGCAGGAAGGCUCAAGAACAUGUACAGGGAAAAGGAAUUCUCGGCGGUUCUGCUUCUGAAGCUUGCGUUUCAGAGCCUGGGGGUUGUUUACGGCGACUUGGGAACUUCUCCUCUGUACGUUUUCUACAAUACAUUCCCUCGGGGAAUCAAAGAUCCCGAGGAUAUCCUCGGAGCUCUCUCUCUGAUCAUAUAUUCCCUCACACUCAUCCCUCUUCUCAAAUACGUUUUCGUUGUUUGCAAAGCUAAUGACAACGGACAAGGUGGAACAUUCGCUCUGUAUUCGUUACUCUGUAGACAUGCAAAGGUGAAAACUAUCCCGAACCAACAUCGGACGGACGAAGAGCUCACAACUUACAGCCGUUCCACUUUUCACGAGCAUUCUUUCGCCGCGAAAACAAAGAGAUGGCUGGAGAACCGCACGAUUAGGAAAAACGUGCUCCUCCUUCUCGUUCUUGUUGGCACUUGCAUGGUGAUCGGUGACGGAAUCCUUACUCCCGCCAUUUCUGUUCUUUCAGCAGCUGGAGGGCUAAGGGUAAACCUUCCACAAAUAAACAACGGUAUCGUUGUUCUUGUCGCGGUUGUGAUAUUAGUAAGCUUGUUUAGCGUACAGCAUUACGGAACCGAUAGGGUCGGCUGGCUUUUCGCUCCCAUCGUUCUUCUCUGGUUUUUAUUUAUCGCGAGUAUCGGUAUAUACAAUAUCUGGAAACACGAUAUCAGCGUAUUGAAAGCUUUUUCCCCGGUUUAUAUAUAUCGAUACUUUAAAAGAGGAGGCCAGGAUCGCUGGACAUCACUCGGAGGCAUUAUGCUUUCUAUAACGGGGAUCGAGGCCCUCUUCGCCGAUCUUUCGCAUUUCCCGGUCUCGGCCGUGCAAAUUGCGUUUACCAUAAUCGUCUUUCCUUGCCUUCUUCUGGCAUAUAGUGGACAAGCUGCCUAUCUUCGGAAGAAUCCCCACCACGUUAAUGAUGCGUUCUACCGUUCUAUUCCAGGAAGUGUAUACUGGCCGAUGUUCAUCAUUGCAACCGCUGCUGCGAUCGUUGCGAGCCAAGCCACGAUAUCGGCUACGUUCUCCAUAAUCAAGCAAGCGCUGGCUCACGGGUGUUUUCCGAGGGUUAAAGUCGUGCAUACUUCCCGAAAAUUCCUCGGACAGAUAUACGUUCCCGACAUCAACUGGAUCCUGAUGAUCCUCUGCAUCGCCGUCACAGCUGGAUUCAAGAACCAGAGCCAGAUCGGAAACGCAUACGGGACGGCGGUUGUGACAGUGAUGCUGGUAACGACGCUGCUGAUGACGCUGAUAAUGAUACUGGUGUGGCGUUGCCACUGGAUUCUGGUGCUACUAUUCACCGUCCUAUCCCUCGUCGUGGAAUGCACCUACUUCUCCGCCAUGCUCUUCAAGGUCGACCAGGGCGGUUGGGUUCCUCUUGUCAUCGCUGCCGCUUUCCUCGUCAUCAUGUACGUCUGGCACUUCGGAACCGUCAAGAGGUACGAGUUCGAGAUGCACAGUAGAGUUUCCAUGGCUUGGAUUCUCGGCCUCGGCCCUAGCCUCGGGCUCGUUCGAGUCCCCGGGAUCGGCCUCGUCUACACCGAGCUGGCCAGUGGCGUCCCGCACAUCUUCUCUCAUUUCGUCACGAAUUUACCGGCGAUUCACUCCGUCGUGAUCUUUGUCUGCGUCAAGUACCUUCCCGUUUACACCGUCCCCGAGGAAGAACGGUUUCUCGUUAAACGAAUUGGCCCGAAAUCCUUCCACAUGUUCCGCUGCGUCGCCAGGUACGGGUACAAGGACUUGCACAAGAAAGACGACGACUUCGAGAAACGCCUCUUCGAGAGCCUCUUCUUGUACGUAAGGCUCGAGUCCAUGAUGGAGGGCUGCUCGGACUCCGACGAGUAUAGCCUCUACGGGGCGGCGCAGAGAUCGAAAGAAGGGGAUGGGAACGGGAACGGGAACGAGAGCGGGAACUUGACAACGAUGGACACGUUCGACUCGAUGGAUUCGAUAAUGCCGACGGCUGGAAAGAGGGCGAGCCACACGGUGACGGGGUCGAGCGGAGGAGGGGAGGAGGACGAGCUGGAGUUCCUGAACGGGUGCAGGGACGCGGGAGUGGUUCAUAUAAUGGGGAAUACGGUGGUCCGAGCGAGGAGAGAGUCGAGGUUCUACAAGAAGAUCGCCAUUGAUUACGUUUACGCUUUUCUGAGGAAGAUUUGUAGGGAACACAGUGUUAUCUUCAAUGUUCCUCAGGAAAGCCUCUUGAACGUCGGUCAGGUUUUCUAUGUUUGAUUUUUUACGUAAUCCUCCUAUAUACACACACACGUGUGUAUGUGUAUCUGUAUCUGUAUGCGUGUGUGUGUGUAUAUAUAUAUAUAUAUUAUGUGUAUGUUGUGUUGUGUUAGACACUGUAUGUAAUUUAAAUUACUCGAUGUGGUACUAUUUGCAGUGGAAAUGGGAAAUUUUGGAGAACGAUUUGGAUA